CUGUCGGGCGACGAGCCUCUGCACCCCAUCCUUAUCCCUUCAUCCCACCCUCCGUCCAUCUCCUCCUUUUUAAUUAACCCUCCUCUUCUCCUCCUCUUCCUCUCUCCAUCUCCCUCUGAGUCAUCUCCCCUCCCCCCUCUGUCACACAUCUCACCCCCCUCCUCCUCCUCUCCUGUUUUCCUCCUCUCCCUCUCCCUCUCGCUCUGCCUCUCCAGUAUUUUCUCGGUCGCCGUGAAAGGCAGAGCGCACACACACACACACGGGCGGCAGGAUGUCGAUCGUCAGCAUCGUUGCCAGGGAGAUCUUGGACUCCCGGGGAAACCCCACUGUGGAAGUGGACCUUCGCACAGAGAAAGGUCUGUUCAGGGCUGCAGUGCCCAGCGGAGCAUCCACAGGUAUCUAUGAAGCUCUGGAGCUCCGAGAUGGAGACAAGAGCCGCUACAAGGGCAAAGGUGUUUUGAAGGCAGUUGGGCACAUCAACGAUACUCUGGGUCCAGCUCUUAUAGCCUCUGGCAUCAGUGUGGUGGAACAGGAGAAGUUGGACAACAUGAUGAUCGAGAUGGACGGCACAGAAAACAAAUCUCAGUUUGGGGCGAACGCCAUCCUGGGAGUGUCUCUAGCCAUCUGUAAGGCCGGUGCAGCAGAGACAGAGGUCCCCCUGUACCGCCACAUAGCCGACCUGGCCGGAAACACAGAGCUGGUGCUGCCGGUUCCUGCCUUUAAUGUGAUAAAUGGAGGAUCUCAUGCUGGAAACAAACUGGCCAUGCAGGAGUUCAUGGUUCUCCCUGUUGGAGCCGAGUCUUUCAAGGAGGCGUUGAGGAUAGGAUCGGAGCUGUACCACACACUGAAGGGGGUGAUUCAGGAGAAAUACGGCCAGGAUGCCACUAAUGUGGGAGAUGAGGGAGGCUUCGCUCCCAAUAUCCUUGAGAACAGCGAGGCUCUGGAUCUGCUGCAGACAGCCAUAGAGAAGGCCGGCUUCACAGACAAGGUGGUAGUCGGGAUGGACGUGGCCGCCUCAGAGUUUUACCGUGACGGAAAAUAUGACCUGGACUUCAAAUCGCCACCAGAUCCAGAGAGGCACAUCUCUGCAGAGGAGCUGGCUGACAUCUACCAGGGCUUUGUCAACAACUAUCCAGUGGUGUCCAUUGAGGACCCGUUUGACCAGGACGACUGGGAGGCCUGGUCCCGUCUGACAGCCCAGGUGGGGAUCCAGGUUGUUGGAGAUGACUUGACUGUGACCAACCCCAAGAGGAUAGAGAAAGCUGCUGAGGAGCGAGCCUGCAACUGCCUGCUGCUCAAAGUCAACCAGAUCGGCACCGUCACCGAGGCCAUACAGGCGUGUAAACUGGCUCAGGCGAAUGGUUGGGGUGUGAUGGUCAGUCAUCGCUCAGGAGAGACAGAGGACACCUUCAUCGCUGACCUGGUGGUGGGACUGUGCACUGGACAGAUUAAGACUGGCGCCCCCUGCAGAUCUGAGAGACUGGCCAAGUACAACCAGCUCAUGAGGAUUGAGGAGGAGUUGGGCGACCAGGCUCGCUUCGCAGGCCAUAACUUCAGGAACCCCAGCGCCCUGUGAAACUGACAGACAGACAGACGAAUGACUCAAACACACACACACACACACACAUGCACGCAAACACACAUAAACUGACAGACACGACAAACAGGGAACGAGCCAUGUACAAAGAACGAUCACACAGAUCCAUGAAACACAGGAGCAAAAGAGCCAAGCAAAAAAAAAAAAAAAAUAAUAAUAAUAAUAAACAAAAAUAAAAUAUGCACUGGACUUAUAGGUAGGGAGAUGAUGCUGUAUGCACACGCACACACACACACACACACUCACGCACAGAGUACGCAGAUGCAACACACGCUCACGCACAUGCAGGGGAAUAUUAUAAAAAUCUAACAUUUAUAAGCCAGACAUGCACUGUUACUGUAGUUUUAAAGGAAUAGUUCAUGUACAGCCAGAGGACAGACCUGCAAAAAUAAAGAUUAUUGUUGUUAAAACAGAGAGUUAAAUAAGUAGAGAUAUUAUAGAAUAAUGUAGACUGAAGCACGCAACUGAAAGAGAUAAAAUAAACAAAUAAAUAAAAGUUUCAGCACCAAAAAAAACGACAAUGCAUUCGCAGAAUAAACACCAAACAGCAGUUUCAGGGACUGAGUGAAGAAAACAAUAAAAACUACACUAACACCUGAACACACACUCAGCUGUGUCACACACACACACACACACCUGGACACUAAAGUACCUGCACUCCACCCACUUCUGUCCUCCUCCCUCUCUCUUUUCGUCUCCUUUUUCUUCUUGUCGUGUCUGUCUCUCAGUUUCAAACUGUCCUCCUCUCUUCCCGUCCCGUCGUGAUUCUGAUUAUUUGUCCUUCAUGCUCGAGGUCAACAAAAAAACAACAAAAAAAUGUAAACCCUGAGUCCCUUUGUUCCUUCGGUUCCUCCUGAAUGUCCAUAGAAUAGCUGUGUUGAAAAAGAAGAAAGAGAAUUUCAAAAAAUAAAUUAACAGAAUGCUUGUCAUUGAAAAUAAUGUGAAAAUAUGUGAAAUAAAAAGAUGGUAAUUUACAAUUUCAA